UUUAUUCAAUUUGGUUCAUGAUUCUUUUUUGUUCCUUUCAAUUUGGCUAUUCUCAGCUUACUUUCAAUAAUUGUAGGCAAAUGCGUAUGGUGUGUUCUCUUUGAGAGCUGGAGAAGAAAAGGGCUAACUACUAAUUAGCCAAGAAAGAGACUUCAGAGGAGCAUUAAUGCCAUGGCUGCCAAUAACAGCACACAACCUCGGACAUCAGGAGAUAGUUUAGAGAAACAAGUUGAUAAGAUCAUGAGCAGCUUAUCAGUGUUGAACAAACUCUUAACGGAAGAUCCUUUGGGAAGAAGCAAGAAGCAAGAAAGUAUUACUAAGAGCAAUAACCAAAAGGGUACUUUAGAUAGGAGCCAAAGUGCUCCUCCUGCCUUGGCUCUUGUUUCCUUUGAUGAUGGUCUGAUCAUGAGGCUACAGUAUCAUCUCCGUCUGCUUAAGAAGAUGCUGGCAAAGCUGGAGCAACUUCAUACAAAUGUGCAAGAAGAGCUAAAUAAACAUCUUAAUACCCUUCAAUCACUGAUUGGAAAUUUUGAUUCCUCAAGGAGUUCUUCUCAAGUUACCUAUUGGAUCAAGCUUGACUUACAAGGCAUGGAGACAAAGAUUUCUGACUUGUUGAACCAAGUCCCCUUGUUGUCUGGAAAGCUAUUAGAAGAGCAGAAAGCAGAAGUAUAUGCUGAUCAAGAUGAUGAUCAAGGACCAUCACGUUUUUAUUUUCCUGGCAUUCAUACAAAUGUGGAAGAUCUUACCAGACGUGAGGUUUUCAGACAAGUCAAACAGAAGUUUAAGGAGCUUGGAACUGAAGAGAAGAUCUGCCUUUUGAGUUUUGCAGUGUUCCCGGAGAAUCAAGAGGUUCACAGAACAAUGCUGAUGUAUUGGUGGAUAGGAGAAGGGAUUCUACCUCUCAAGGAAGCUGAAGUAACUGUAAGGCAAAUUCUCAAGUCAUUCACUGAGAAAAAUCUGAUUGAACCUGUUGAAGAGAGGUGGAAAGUAUCCCCAAGCAGCUAUAAGAUGAGUCCCUUUGUGCAUUCUUCAGUUGUUAUACUCUCAAAAGAGAUUGGACUUUUUGAUAUCUAUCAUCAAGGGAAGAAGCCAAUGAUGAACAUUUCAGAGAUGGGAAAGGUGUGCCUUGUGGAAGGUUCAUCACGCCAGCUAGAGGCAAACCCUAAGAAAAUGCCAUCAAGAGAUCAUAUAGAGACGGUGUUCAAUGUUUCUGAGAGACUCCCAGAUUUCACAUUCAACUGGUUCUCUGAGUACCCAUCUAAGAAAACACUCAUGAGCAAGCUAUCAAGCAAUUGGUUCAAGACUCUCAAGGUCUUCUAUCUGGGGAGAUGGGAAAGAAGUAAGAAACGACACAUCCAGGUACAGAAUCCUCAGCUAAUGCAAUGUUUAAACCAUUUGAGGAACCUUAAGGUUCUAAGUUUUCAAGGGAUCUCAGGCAUUAGAAGCCUAAACAGUUCGGUUUGUAAGCUACACAAGCUGAUCAUCUUGGACCUAAGGGAGUGCUAUGACUUGAAGCAGCUUCCAGUAAAGAUAGGUUCACUUGGGAGUCUGGUUUAUCUGGAUAUGACAGGAUGUUAUAUGUUGGAAUGGAUUCCUUUAAGGUUGGCUUUGCUGAAGAACUUAGAGGUUCUCAAGGGCUUUGUGGUUAGUGACGUCUAUGAGGGUGUUGCGUGCAAACUAAGUUACUUAAAGAAAUUGAAGAAGCUAAGAAAACUGAGCAUCGAAAUAAACAGAGAUGAUGUUGAUGUGGAACAAGUUAUGGAGGAUCUCGUGGAACUCAAAGCAUUGACAAGCUUGAAGGUGACAUGGAGGAGGGAUUUAAGAAUCAUUCGUGGUGGCAAGCGUCAUGAAGAUUCCACAGAGAUUCAAAGUCUUUGGUCUCAUCAGUUAAAGAAACUUAACUUGCAGCGUUACCCUCACGACGAGCUUCCCACUUGGCUUCUUGUACACUUGAAGAAGCUCCAAAUCGGAGGAGGGAGACGAUUCAAGGGCUUCGGUGACUUGCGUGACAAGGAAAACGAGUCUAGUGUUGAAGUCUUGCGGCUCAAGUCACUACCUAAGCUAAGAGUUGGAUGGAUAGAGCUGCGGCAACUUUUCCCAAAUCUGAUGUAUCUUGAGAACUAUGAGUGUCCAAGAGUUACACUCACUCCCUGCGAUGGAAGUGGAAUCUGGAGAUCUGACCAAGACAACUGA